GUAGAACAGGGGAGUCAAAAAGAGAUGAUUAAAUUUUUAAGAAAUUACAACUAAGGAUUAAAGUACAUUCUACUGGUUUUCCUCUGUGAAAGCAUCUAACCUACAUGGAUUCCAGCGAACCAUCGUUUGGACAGAGUGACUCUUCCACAGCCUUGCCGAUCACAAUGAUUGUUGCCAGCCAUUCAGAAAAUGGACAGGUGCUGCACGUCAUUCCUUCUGCCCAGCCAGGAAUGGCCCAAGUGAUUAUUCCUCAAGGGCAGCUUCUGGAUGUAACCAGCACACAGGAUGUUUCAGAAGAGAAGUGCAGUGAUGGGAACUUGCAGAUGGUAGCAGUGGCUGCUGUAGGAGACAGUACAAGCAGUUACAAUCUACAUCCACAUGCAUCCCUCUCUAUAUCGAAAAGAAACACCACCAGGCUAGUGGAAGAUCCCUUUCCCAUCCCUGUACAGCCAUUGUCCCCAAAUACACCUCCAUGGGCACGCCGUCUCAGGAACUGUGAGAAAAUUGGGGACUCGUACCGCGGCUAUUGUGUGAGCGAGACAGAAUUAGAGAGUGUUCUAACGCUACACAAGCAGCAAACACAAAGUGUGUGGGGGACACGCCAGUCUCCAAGCCCAGCCAAACCCGCCACACGGUUGAUGUGGAAAUCUCAGUAUGUCCCAUAUGAUGGGAUCCCAUUUGUCAAUGCAGGAAGUAGAGCCAUUGUAAUGGAAUGCCAGUAUGGGCCAAGGAGGAAAGGUUUCCAGCCCAAAAAAGCUGGUGAGCCAGAAGGUGCCUCUGGCCAUCUGUACAAAGCCACUUGUCCAGCAAGGAUCUAUAUUAAGAAGGUUCAAAAGUUUCCAGAGUAUAGAGUUCCCACUGACCCUAAAAUUGACAAGAAAAUCAUAAGAAUGGAGCAGGAAAAAGCAUUCAACAUGCUGAAGAAGAACUUGAUAGAUGCUGGAGGUGUCCUCAGGUGGUAUGUACAGUUACCCACUCAGCAAGCCCACCAGUAUCAUGAAAUGGAAACUUUGUGCCCUCCUUCUUCACCUUCCCAUUUUCCUAUGCCUUCUCCAGAGGAAGAGGAAGAAGUUGUUAGAGAUGAGAACUGUACUUUGCCUUCUCGACUUCAUCCUCAAGUAGCAGACAAGAUCCGAGAACUGGUGUCUCAGGGAAUAGAACAGGUCUAUGCAGUGAGGAAGCAACUAAGAAAGUAUGUGGAAAGAGAAUUAUUCAAACCUGAUGAAGUGCCAGAGAGGCAUAACCUGUCAUUCUUCCCUACUGUGAAUGACAUCAAGAACCACAUUCAUGAAGUGCAAAAGUCCCUGAGGAGUGGGGAGAUGGUGUAUAACUCGGAAAGCAUACCAGCAACGCUGCAGUGGACCACAGACAGCGGGAAUGUUCUGACAGAAACAGUGACUGUUACGUUUGCCUCACCACCUUCAGAUGGGAUUUCACCAGUGGAGUCAGUCAUCACCAAAGCAGAAUACAACCAGAGCGGGGAGUCUUUGCUACCAGAGACAGCUCAGCUUUUGUCUUCACUCUCUUCAUUUCAGCCCAAGAUAUUUGCGCAACUUCAGGGAUUACAGCUGCAGUCAACUUUUACUUCCACAAAUGGAUCAACAACCCUGAUAGCUGUAAAUAACCAUUCCCCUCCCAGCCCUGCAAGUCUCUUGGAUUCCAUAGGGAGUGCAAUAACCAACCAACUUAGUCAGGAAAACAGUCUGCAAGUGAGUGCUGGCCUAACACACCAUAGCACUGCAGGCUCUGCUUUUGUGCAUCCGCCUGGCUCUGAGCAGAGUCUGGUCACCAUGGGCCAGCUGGUAGCAGUUGGAGGGGUGGAUGACCCCAGAAGCCUAGAAAGAGGAGUCCAUCAGAUUCUCUUGGGAGAUGUGCAGACUAUUCCAGUACGGAUCAUGGAUGGCCAUCCACUUAAUGAAGAAAAUCCAGAAGGUAUUAUCUGUGUGAGCCAUGUUAAACAAGAAGCCAGAGAAAAAGCGUUGUCUGUGGAGACAGAUAAAAUCAGAGACUGCCAGAGUUCUUCACCUAUUUGAAUCUCUUAAAACUGUAAGGAUUUUUCGAAUCAGAGAACUCAAAAUGUCUUGGAAAGGAAGAUGGAUACUCUCAAAGUUGUGCCAUUCUUUUUAAAAGGCACUGUGACAUUCAGACUAGGCAUAUAUUACACAAAUUCUGAUGGACAGCUGCUUUGAUAUACAGUUGAUAUGGUUCAGUGCCAGUUUCAGGUCAUUCACCUCCCAUCUGGAAUUCCACCUUUUUUUUUUUUUUUUUUUUUUUUUUUAAUUUCAGAUUUUGAGUAGUUUGAAUGAUAUCCAGAUGUCCCAUUUUGUUGGCGUUUCUGAAGGUCUUCCACAAUUAAAUCCUUUAGCUUUAGAAUGUGGAUCUAAAUACUGGUUUUGCUUAUCUUCUUGAGGCCCUCAACUGUUACAGUGCUCCAAAGACCAUAGAGUCUGCCAGAUCUGAGACCGCAGAAUCCAAUAACAAAGUGCUUUAACACAGCAAUACUUCUGUGACCAAACGAAGGUCCGAGAUGCUACAUUUCAAAGGUGAUGAGGGAAGAAGAAAAUGCAACUUUGACCUGGUCAUAAUGUUAAUGAUGUGAAGAUCAAGGAAAGGAGAAAGGUCAGAAGCUAUCCAGUAGGUCUAUCCAACAAGCAGCAACUAAGAAGUUCUACAAGCUUGCAAGG